CGUCUAAUACAAGAUCCCAUAUAAUGUCAUAUCAUCAAGUCUAUUUUAUACUUAUUCAACGUUAAUAUGUUUACGAUUAACCCGUAUAAGUAAAUAUGCUUAUAACAGCUUAUAAGUGUGCUUACCAAAUUUAAUAUUAAUACUAAUCUUAAAUCAGUUUUAGUCUACAUAUCAUUUUCUUUUUACAUUUUCUUCAACAUAAAAUUUGAUAAGAUUACAAUCAAAGAUGAGCGAAAAGAAAACAAAUCAAAAACGUUCUAUGCGAAAGAUUUUAUUAGGUCAUGACCCUGGAUGGAAUGAUUCUCCAAACUGGAUAUAUUUUACUGGACAAAGUUCCAUAACGCCUACUAAGCGAGUACUGAACAAGACGGUAGCAUUUCCAAUGGAAUCUAUACAAGCUAUAGAUAAAGAAUCUUCUAUAAAUAAGCCAUUAAAAAUGCCACCACAUAUACAGGGUUGGAUUGAUCUAUUAAUAGCACCACAUCCUCCAUUGUUAUGUCCUUCAAACAAAAAUAUAGAAGGCAACAAUAUAGAGGUUGAUAAAGAGAAGGCAUUAAACAAAGUUUUGAAGGAAACAAAUCAGAAACGUUCUACACGAAAGGUUUCAUUUGGUCAUGACACCAGAUGGAAUGAUUCUCCAAAAUGGAUAUAUUAUACUGGACAAAGUUCUAUAACACCUACUAAACGAGUACUGAACAAGACGGUAGCACUUCCAAUGGCAUCUAUACAAGCUGUAGAUAAAGAAUGUUCUGUAAAUAAGCAAUUAAAGAUGCCACCACAUAUACAGGGUUGGAUUGAUUUAUUAAUAGCACCACAGCCUCCAUUGUUAUGUCCUUCAAACAAAGAUGUAGAAGGAAACAAUAUAGAGAUUGAUAAGGAGGAGACAUUAAACAAUGUUUUGAAAAAUUUGGAAACUGUAAUAAGUGAGCAUAUAUUGGAAAAAGAUAGAACUAAGGAGGUAAAGAAGAGAUUAGAUAUAUUGAAGGCUGUAUGGCUUGAAAAUAAAUUAAAUAAUGUGAUAUACAAGAAUGUUUUAGAUUUGUCUACAGCUUUACGAGAGGGGAAUAUUGAAAAAGCUGAUGAGAUACAUGCUUCAUUAAUGCUGGAAUAUGCUAGUCUGUGCAGUGCAUGGAUGCCUGGGAUUAGGCAUAUUAUUUUAGAAUUGGAAACCAAAAUGAAAAAUUCAAAUGUAACACAAUCUCAAAGCCCUGAAUUACAUUUAUUAUCUACUGAAGAAAAUAAGUAAAUAAUGAUUCCUUGGGUAUAUCAUAUUUGCAUGUAGUAACUGUUUUGUGAUAGUUAUUGACAUCUUUUCGCUUAUAAGUUUAUAUAUUGAUUGAUGUUAUUAAAAAGUGCAAACCAAAAAAAAACUAUUGAUAUUAUGAAUGUAACAAAUUUUAUUGUAAUAAAACAAAUCCCAUGAAAUUUAUAUAA